AUGUCGACGGAGCCGCCAGAAUAUGUCGAGAUACCAACACUUUAUGAUGACACUCAUCGUGGAAGAUGGACGUAUGCCCCUGACAUAGCGAGUGUUGGCAACAAACCCAAUCUCACCGGGUUUUUGGAGCACCAUGACCCCGCGACGGAUGGAAGCUUCUCAAUUUGGUUUGGAUUGCUAACCGAUCUCAUUGGACAACAGGCGCUGUACGAAUCCAUCCCAGAAGCCUACCGACCGCCUUUAGAUAUGAACGACGCAGACGUAGCCGUCACUUUCAGCGCCCGCGGUGAACCACCGCGAAAAGCUACCGGAAGCAUCAUAAUGCCCGUCAUCCUCGACAAUGCUGAGACCAACACACAGUUCCGUAUCAAGCUAUACUCUUUGGUCGUGCCUGGCCUACAAACAGGGAUGUUCAUAGGGAGCCAGACAGCCCAGCCGUAUCUACGCGAAGUGGAAGAUCUUCCAUUAGGAGGGUAUCUUUGGGGUUUCGAGUUCAUGAGAGGGGAGGCCACUAUCGUUGACUAUCUGGGGUGA